AUGGGGCGUUUCAGCUGCCGUUGCUUUGCGCUGGUGUUGGGAGUAACCUCUGCCUUCAGGUUCGAUUUUGUGCCAGAACGCACAAGCGUCGCUACUUUCCACUCAAACCUACCGGAACUGUACUCUCUUCAGGAGUCUCAGCUGCAAUCUCCAGAACAAAACUCCUACUGGACAGCUGCCUUCGUCACCGCCACCAACAACCACCAGUAUGCAGUCAUGUCUCAAACGUUCUUGUCUUUGAGUGGUCAGGCUCAGUAUCAGUCUGCGAUUCUUGAUCUCGAAGACACCAACAACUACUGGCGCACGGCAGGCUCAUCACCGCUGAUUGGAAAUGCAACAAUUAAGAAUGGCGUGCUUGAUAUUGAACUCGAAGCAUUUGGGUUUAGAGGGGUCUCUCAAGACAGCGUUUCCACAAUGAACAUGUGGGGUGAAGCAGAGACGCAUGCACUGAACAUCACCUUCGACUCCUCGCCAGUGCUCCUGAACGCUGGCGUUGGCCGAUUUCGGUGGGGAACUGGUGUCACGACGCAAUGGUCACUGCCGAGAUGCAAGACUCAAGGAACCUUCACUAUCAACGGUACCACCCUUGAGAUCGAUCCUGAGAGGUCCCUGACGUGGUACGAUCGUCAGCAUGGCUUUGGUGGACCAAGCAAUUUCACAUGGUUCGGCAUUGUUUUCUCGGGUGGUGUGAAAGUCAGCGCCUGGCUCUCUGACACCACGGGACCUUUUGAACAGCAGCUGAGGUUUGCCACCGUUCACGCAGAAGACGGGCUUCACCUCCUCCGGUUGAAGGAAGAGCCGGGAACCAGGGGCCCUUGGACAUCGCCCAACACAAACCUGACCUACGCUCAAAGUUGGAGAUUGAAGUUCGACAACGGGGAUACUUUGAGCAUAAGAACCGUCCGGGGAGACCAAGAGAGACUGCUUGCAGCCCCAUUCUAUAGCGGAGUCGUCGAGGUAGAGGGCAGUUUCUUCGGUCAGCAGCACGGAUUCGGCUUUGUGGACAUUGUUACAAGUCCUCUUUAG